GGAGGGCGAAAGGAAAGGAGGGGAGGGGAGGGGAGGCUUAAGUUUGGCGCGUCAUGAAAUGGAGGAUAAAAGCGCAAGUUUGUUAAAGUUUUAAACAUUUGACUUUUCUUGUCUUCGUCAUCGUUGGCGGUUUCUCCUGCGUGCAGGGCUGCACCACCCGGCCGAGAGAAACGAACUUUUAAAAUAACAAAAAUAAAGCAUUCGCUGAUUCAUUUUCCUUCAUCCAGAAAAGUUCCCCCGCUUUUCUUUUUAGAUCCAUCCAUCUUCCUUUGAAUUUUCAUCGCUACACUCAUUUUCCCUUCAUGGCGACGGUUUCUCCUCUCGCCAAAUACAAGCUCGUCUUCCUCGGCGAUCAAUCCGUUGGUAAAACCAGCAUUAUCACCCGCUUCAUGUACGACAAGUUUGAUACUACCUAUCAGGCUACAAUUGGAAUUGACUUUUUAUCUAAAACUAUGUACCUUGAAGAUCGAACAAUUCGGUUGCAGCUUUGGGAUACUGCUGGACAAGAAAGAUUUAGGAGUCUCAUUCCAAGUUACAUAAGAGACUCCUCCGUUGCAGUCGUAGUCUAUGAUGUAUCUAAUAGACAAUCAUUUUUGAACACCACCAAGUGGAUUGAGGAGGUACGAACAGAACGGGGUAGUGAUGUGAUAAUCGUUCUUGUUGGGAACAAAACUGAUCUUGUUGAGAAAAGGCAAGUUUCAAUCGAAGAAGGUGAUGCGAAAUCUCGCGAGUUUGGAGUCAUGUUUAUAGAAACUAGUGCCAAAGCUGGGUUCAACAUCAAGCCUCUCUUUCGUAAGAUCGCUGCAGCACUGCCAGGGAUGGAAACUCUGUCUUCAACAAGGCAGGAGGACAUGGUUGACGUAAAUUUGAAACCAGCAGUGAAUUCAUCCCAGUCGGAACAGCAAGGAGGAGGUUGUGCAUGCUAGACAAUGUGUAAGUUCAAUACAUAAAAGGAAAAAAAUUGCUACAAAAUGAAACAGUAUACGCUAUCAUUCACGGUGAGUUAGUUCAACAAAUUGACAUUGGAAAUUUUCUAACGAUAUGAUGUUUGUAAUAUUGUAUGCCAUUAGAUUCUUUUUGGGGUUCCUAAAGAACAAAUAUCAUCAUUCUGUCCUCUCACAUGUUGAGAUUUUCGUUUUGGAUUUGUGAUUCUAAGAGUUGACCAACUAUAUCUAAUUGCGGAGUAAUUGAAACUGUUA